GUAGACUAAGAUUCUCCCUGCCUGAAAUCUGGUUGUUUGAAAUGGAGUGAAGUAGUAGGCUGAACACUUAGGCUUUUUAAAGUUAGAGUGGCUUACAUUGUUAUUUAUUAAAGUUGUCUUAAAAAAUAUGGUUAUUCUUACAGAAUGGAGUCUAAUUUGAAUCAAGAUGGAGUGCCUAGGCCAUCUUAUGUUUUUAGUGCUGACUCAAUUGCAAGACCUUCAGAAAUAAAUUUUGAUGGUAUCAAGCUUGAUCUCUCUCAUGAGUUUUCCUUAGUUGCUUCAAAGACUGAGGUAAACAACUUGGAAUCAAAAGAUUAUCUCCAGGUUUGUCUUCGAAUAAGACCAUUCACACAGUCAGAGAAAGAACAUGAAUCAGAGGGCUGUGUGCAAAUUCUGGAUUCACACAGUGUUCUCUUGAAAGAGCCUCAAAGCAUCCUAGGUCACUUAAGUGAAAAAAGCUCUGGGCUGAUGGCACAGAAAUUCAGUUUUUCCAAGGUUUUUGGCCCAGAAACUACACAAUUCUGUUGUUUUAGUAUAUUGAUUGAUAUCCUCUUUAUGUUUAAAGAUCUACAAUGGAUUCAAGUAUCUGAUUCCAAAGAAGCAUACAAACUUUUAAAACUAGGAAUAAAGCACCAGAGUGUUGCCUUCACAAAACUGAAUAAUGCUUCCAGUAGAAGUCACAGCAUAUUCACUAUUAGAAUCUUACACAUUGAAGUUUCUGAAAUGCCUCGUGUAAUUGGAGUCAGUGAAUUGUCUUUAUGCGAUCUUGCUGGUUCAGAACGCAGCAUGAAGACUCAGAAUGAAGGUGAAAGAUUAAGGGAGACUGGGCACAUCAAUACUUCUUUAUUGACUCUGGGAAAGUGCAUUAAUGUUUUGAAGAACAGUGAAAAAUCAAAGUUUCAACAGCAUGUGCCUUUCCGGGAAAGUAAACUGACCCAUUAUUUUCAAAGUUUUUUUAAUGGUAAAGGGAAAAUAUGUAUGAUUGUCAACAUCAGUCAGUGUUGUUUUGCCUAUGAUGAAAUGCUCAAUGUGCUGAAGUUCUCAGCCAUUGCACAAAAAGUUUAUGUUCCUGAUGCUUUAAAUUCCUCUCGAGAGAGAGCUGGUGGAACUUCCAAGUCUUCUGAAGACAUAUCAGUAGAUAAUAAUUCAGAUAAUAAAAUGUUAAAUGUAAAAAGAGCCACUGUUUCAUGGGAAAAUAAUCUUGAAGAUUUGGUAGAAGAUGAAGAUUUGGCUGAGGAUCUAGAAGAAGGUGAAGAAACUCAAAAUAAAGAAAUGGAACUUAGUGAUGAAGAUUUGGAUAGAACUGUGGAAGAUAAGACUUUACUUAACUGCAAGGAGAACAAGAAACUAUUGAAUUUAAUAGAAGAACAAAAAAAACUGAUAAAUGAAAAAAAAGAGAAGUUAACAUUGGAACUUAAAAUUCGAGAAGUUACACAGGAAUUUACUCAAUAUUUGGCUGAACGUGAGGCUGACUUUAAAGAAGCAAUCCUUCAGGAACGAGAGAUGUCAGAAGAAAAUGCUGAAUGCCGUUUGGCGAUCUUCAAGGAAUUGGUUGGUGUAUGUGACAUUCAGGAAGAACCAAGCAAUAGAGUUUGUGCUGUGAAAGUUGAAACUGAGGAAGCACAUAAUUAUGUAGGAUUUGAAGAUAUUAUUGACUCUCUUCAAGAUGAUGUCACUGAUAUUAAGAAACAGGCUGAAAUUGCUCACUUAUGCAUUGCAUCUCUUGCUGAUCCCCAGGAAGCCAUUGCUUGUUUACAACUAAAGUUAAGUCAAGUUAAAACUGAAUUAGAUAAAACUAAAGAAGAAUUAAUCAAAACCAAAGAAGAGUUAAAAAAGAGAGAGAAUGAAUCAGAUUUAUUAGUCCAAGGGCUGAAGAAAUCUAGUAAGUCAGCAGGUUUUAAAGUUUCUGGGACUGCAGCAGAGGAUGGAUCGGUAGUUCUUGACUCUUGUGAAGUAUCAUCAGAAAAUGAUCAAAGCACUCGAUUCCCAAAGCCUGAGUUAGAGAUUCAGUUCACACCUCUGCAUCCCAACAGAAUGGCGGUGAAGCACGCUGGUUGUGCUACACCAGUGACAGUUAAGAUUUCCAAGGCUCGGAAGAGGAAGAGCAAUGAAAUGGAGGAGGACUUUGUGAAAUGUGAGAAUAAGAAGAAUGCUACUCCCAGAAGUAAUUUGGACUUCCCUGUUUCAGAGCAUAGAAAUUCUUCCAUCAAAAAAGAACAGAAGGUUUCCAUACGUCCAUCACCUAAGAAAACAUACUCUUUACGGAGUCAGGCACCCACGAUAGAUGUAAACUUGACCACUAAGAAAAAAGAAGGAACAUUUCAGAAAUUUGGAGACUCCUUACAGCGUUCUCCAACAAUUCUUCAGUCAAAAGCAAAGAAGAUCAUUGAAACAAUGAGCUCUUCAAACCUCUCAAAUGUAGAGGCAAGUAAGGAAAAUGUGUCGCGACCCAAACGAGCCAAACGGAAAUUAUACACAAAUGAAAUCUCCUCGCCUCUGGAUAUAUCUGGCCAAGUGAUUUUAAUGGACCAAGGAUUGAAGGAGAGUGACCACCAGAUUCUAAAGCGAAGACUUCGAGCAAAAAUGGAGAAAUGAAUGGCUCAUGGAGGACAUUACAAUGUAACUUUAUGUGUA